AUGUCCGAAGCCUACGAGCGCGAGCGCCAGAACAACUCCCGGCUGGACGAGCUGUCAGCAAAGGUCAGCGCCCUGCGCGGCGUGACCAUCGACAUCUACGAUAACGCGCGGGCCCAGGAUGUCAUCGACAACACCUCCGACACCUUCUCCACCAUGCGCACCCAGCUCACCGGCUCCGCAGGCCGCCUGGGCCGCAUGGCCGCCGCGGGGAACAAGGUCGCCAUCCUAAAGCUGUCCGCUAUCCUCAUCGGGACCGUGCUGGUGCUGUACUACGGGUGGAAGCUGUUCCUCUAG